CUUCUCUUUUUUAUUAAACCAAUGAAUAUCCAUAGUUUAUGCUACUUAAUAUUUCCAUUUUAAACUCCAUACAAAACACAUCAGAGAAGUAGCCUGAGAGUCAGAGCGCACUUGUUUUAAAUUGAGCAUGGCGCAAGCCGAGGAGCCACAAGGUGAGGGUGAAGGCAGCCCUCAGAUGAUCUCCCUAAGAUCAGAUGUGUCAGGGAGCCAUGUGGAUGAGGGAGAAGUUGGGCCCUCUAUGAGGAGGAAGAGAAGAAAGAAGAAAGAGCCACGUCCAGAGUCCAUUAUUGUGUACCGCUCUGAAAUGGAGAGGGCACCUGGAGAGGAGCAAGGUGGUGAAGAGGGAGCAGAGAGGAACACUGAGGAGGGGGCAAAGUUUCUCAGCACACCAACAGGCGAAGGAGGAAGCUGGAACAUACCUCCAGACAGCCGAUAUGUGACCCUGACUGGCACAAUCACGCGAGGGAAGAAGAAGGGACAGGUGGUGGACAUACAUGUUACUUUGACAGAAAAGGAACUGAGGGAUCUGGCCAAGUCAAAGGAGCGUCUUAAUGCAGAGUGUGAGGCAGGAGAAGGGUAUAAACGCACCUGUUCCUUAGGUGUGUGCCAGGGACCCCACGUUGUCCUGUGGAGUAUCUCAUGUGCUCCUGUGGUUUUCCUCCUCUCGUUUAUCACCUCCUUCUACUAUGGCACACUUACCUGGUACAAUGUCUUCCUGGUCUACAACGAGGAGCGGACGUUCUGGCACAAGAUUACAAUAUGUCCUUUUCUUAUCAUUUUCUACCCAAUGCUCAUCAUGCCCAUGGCGCUGUCGCUGGCUCUGUACUCUGCUGUAGUACAGGUGUCCUGGGCCUUCAGUGAGUGGUGGCAGGUGGUGCGAGACCUGGAGAAAGGCUUCUGUGGCUGGGCCUGUGGGAAACUGGGGCUUGAGGACUGUUCACCCUACAGCAUAGUGGAGCUGCUGGACUCUGAUACUGUUUCUGGCACUUUGCAGAGCAAGGCGCCUAGUGAACUUGCUCAGACAUCAUCAGUUUGAAGGAAUGGAUGCUGAAGUCAUGGCACACAUUCCAACUGGCUUCAAAGAUGUUCCAAGACGAGCACCAAACAAUUGAAGUCACUUACAAAAGGCUGAUUUAAAAGGUUAUUUUCUGUCUUUGGAAAUUAUAGUUUGACAUAUUUUUAUUGCAAGCCCUCUUUGUUGAUUUGAGUGAAAUGAAAUUUUUUGUUGAAGUCUUUUAGAACAUGAUUAAAGAUGCAGAGGGACAAAAUGAUGAGGACUUUUCGUAAGAUCUUGUCAAGAUAUUUAAAAGCGUUUUCAUGACACUGUCUUGCAAAUGAUUAUUCAUUCAGCACUGCCUAAACCAGGACCACUCAAUUUGGUCCCAUGAGGGCCGCAGCCCUGCAGGUAUUUAAUGUCUCCAUGCUUCAACACACCCAAUUCAAAUUUAAUGGAUCCAGCUGCCUGCACAAUGGUCUGCACAAUGACUCAUUAAAUUGGAUCAGGUGUGUUGGAGCAGGGAUACAUUGAAAACCUGCAGGACUGCAGCCCUAAACUGUCCUUAGGUGUUGAUCUAUUUCUACAAAUUUUUACCAGACCCUGAGCAUACAUGGUUAUUGAUGGGUCAGUUUUUAUAUUUACAGUUCUUUACAGCCUCAUACAGGUCACUAAAAAACUGUCACUAAGUACUGAACAGCACUCACACAAGCCUUGAAAACAUACUCAGGCUUAGGACUCUGACACACAUUACAUAAGUGUAAAGGUUUACACCAGGUUUCGCUCAACAUGUAAAUACCUGUAAAUAUAUGUCAUCACUGUGCAGUGCAAUGACAUUAAAUGUCUCAGUAUCC